UCUUCGAGACCGGAAGCGGAGACGGGGAGUCGGGCUGGAAGUGGAGCAGGGCGGGAGCACAAAAGCACCCUUCGUUCCAGGUCCCUGGUAUUCCAUAGGUCCUUCCUCCAUUGCCUAAAGUCUGAUAAGUUGAAUUGUCAGAGCUUGGCCCAUGGAAAUUAUGUCAGGCUAUUCCAGAUCUUGUUCAAGGCCCUGAUGUCAGAAGUGAAUCCUCAAGCAUUGGUGGCAGUAGCUCAGAAAAUCCUGGGUGUAGGGAAAAGAAGGAGUCCACCCCAACCAGUCUGCCUGCACCUAGCUGGAGAGAUCAGGGCUGUGGCCAGGGGCCUGAAGCCAGCAGUACUCUAUGAUUACAAUGCUGCAGGGGUUGACCAGGUUCAGAGAUAUGUGGGAGAGCUACAGAGGCUGGGCCUCUUGCCUCAGGCACUGCACAUUCUGGAGUUGGGGGAGAAUAUCCUGAUUGUCAAUCCUAGGCAAGUGUGUCAGCAAAUACAGCGGGUGCUGCUUAGCUCCAUGACCUUUGUGGAUAUUUCAAGCUUCAGAUCUCACCCUGCUCUCUGCCCACUUGAGGAGCUUGGAGACCUGAAGGACCACUUGACUGAGAUCAUGACCCAUUUACAGAACCUGGAGGAGAAUCCACUCUUCCCUGUUUCCCAUAGUGAGCUCUCUUCUGUUGACUGGAAUCUUUGCACAGUGUUUGGGAUUCUCUUGGGCUAUCCUGUCCCCUAUUUUUUCCACCCAGACCAAGGAGACAGCAACUGCUUGUCUUUAAUCCCACUGCGUGUGUUUACCAUUCGGAUCUCAUGUUGUUGGCUCACAGGCCUCCCCCAGAUACUGCUGUAUUCUUUCAGUGUCCCAGAGAGCUUGUAUCCAGCCCUGAAAGACAUGCUAGACAUGUGGGGAGAGGACCUCAGAGCUCGAUAUGGAACUCAGGGUGAUUUUACUGAACUUACCAUUUCUUCUGAAGUUGUCACAUUGCCUUCAGUGGUACUGUGAUUCGGAUCCACUACUUAUCUACUGGGCUCUCAAUAAAUGGUGAUGACUAGCUGUGUGAUCAUAGGCAAGUCCCUUAACAUCUCUGAAUGU